AACACACCAACAAAAACAAUAACAAAAACAAAAAAACAGGGUUUCUUUUGGGUCCCUUAAAUCAAAAGUAACAACGAUUUUUUCCCUCCUUUUUUUUAUAUCCAAAAAUAGCUCUUUACAAUUGAUGAUUCUCUUCUUUGAUUCCACAUAAUCAUAUCAUAAAACCAACAUAUUUUUUUCUUUUUUCAAAAAAAUAAAUAAAUCCUACACUCAUCUCAAGAAGAAGAAGAGGAGAGAGAAAAUCAACAAAAAAAAAGGAGUAGAAGAGAAGGCUAUGGGGGUUGGAAGAGGGGAGGAGAGAGAAGGAGUAAUGGCGACCGAUUACUUUUGGUCGUAUACAGAUGAACCUCAUGCUUCUAGGAGACGCAAGAUUCUCUCUCAGUACCCUCAAAUCAAAGAACUUUUUGGCCCUGAUAAUUGGGCUUUUGCUAAGAUUACAUUGGUUGUUUUGAUUCAGCUUGCGACUGCUACAUUGCUUCACGAUGCAAGCUACCUUAAAAUACUAGUAGUGGCAUACUUUUUUGGAUCAUUCCUCAACCACAACCUUUUCUUGGCCGUCCAUGAGCUCAGCCAUAACCUUGCUUUCUCUACUCCAUCUUACAAUCGUUGGCUUGGAAUAUUUGCAAAUCUACCAAUUGGUGUGCCCAUGUCUAUCACAUUCCAAAAAUAUCAUCUCGAGCAUCAUAGGUAUCAAGGUGUUGAUGGAAUGGACAUGGACAUUCCAAGCAAAGCCGAGGCCUGUAUGGUCCGAAAUGCCUUUACUAAAUCCAUAUGGGUUGUCUGUCAACUCUUCUUCUAUGCUCUCCGGCCUUUAUUUCUCAAACCAAAGCCACCAUGUUUGUGGGAAUUUACCAACUUGACCAUCCAAGUGGCACUUGAUGCCUCCAUGGUCUACUUUUAUGGCUGGAGAUCUUUCUCUUAUUUGAUUGCUUCAACUUUCGUUGGGGGUGGGAUGCAUCCCAUGGCUGGUCACUUCAUCUCUGAACAUUACGUUUUCAAUCCCAAUCAAGAAACAUACUCUUAUUACGGCCCUUUAAACCUUCUAACAUGGCACGUUGGUUACCACAACGAGCACCAUGAUUUUCCGAGGAUUCCAGGAACAAAGCUCCAUAAGGUGAGGGAAAUUGCACCCGAGUACUAUGAAAAUUUAGAAUCAUACAGCUCUUGGAGUCAGGUUAUUUAUAUGUAUAUAACGGAUAGAACAGUCGGGCCUUUCAGUCGGAUGAAGAGAAAACCCAGGAAAUCGGAGUAGAGAUCGAUUGUUUUAUUUAUUCAUUAUGUUUCCUUGUCUCUCUUUUCUGGCCAUGAGUUGCUGAUAUUUUCACUCAAUUUUUGAUACUUGUAACAUCUUGAGGGAUUGUCAUAUUCAUAUGCUGUAGAUGUAAGUCAGAGAAAAGGAUGCGAAUAUAUAUUUAUUCCAAUUCAUUUGCUUAUUCUUUCAGCAUGA